UUUAAUUUUGAUAGUAAUAUAACAAUGGGUUUUAUCUAUCCUGUGGUUUUAGACGUUUUGGUAUCUGAAUUAUUCUAAAUUAAGUUGUUUACAUGUUUACGUUGAUCUGUAAUUUUUAUUUGAACAGUGUUAAAGGUACUUUGAGAAAAUUUUAUUUCGAGUCAGCUUGGUCAAAUACAUACAACCAAACGAGAUUAUACAAUUACGAUAACUAUAGAAAUGUGCACACAAAUGCCAUUGCCAUAAGACAUUGUGCGAUUUGUUAUAAAAACUAUUGAAGUAGGAAAUCGUUUUCAUAAAAAAAAACAUGGGUCGAAGAAGUGGAAAAGCAUCAAAAUUGAAACGCCAUUCGUCUCUUGAUGACUUAACUGGUAGACCAUAUAGAUUGCCAAUUGACCGAAAUCAAAUUCGUCGAGUUGACCAAAUUGAUAAUCCUCAAAAUGGACAUGAAUAUCUUUACAUGGCUAGAAAAAUGGAAGAUAAAUUGCCUCCAGUUAUGACUGCCACUAAUGUUGAACUUCAGGAAUUUAUAAACAAAUUUGAAAACAAUGCUCCUACAUAUGUAAUACCUCAACUUGAAUUGCCUUGUAUAAAAAAUAAGAAAUUACUGCCGACUAAAGCCGAAAUAAUGUCAUACAUUGAACAGUAUGAUAAUGCCAGAAUUAAAAUUCAGGAUACCCGGAAAUGUAUUACUCAUCCUGAAAAUAUAUUGCCAAUAUCUAAUUCACCAACUGCUUGGUUUACAUUUUUAUUUGGAAGACAAAUUAAUGCUUCUACUCCUGUGAAUCCUGUUCAUAAUAUUGACAAAAGUGUUUAUUUUUUUCAGAGCCACUGUGCUGCUGUUAUAUCUAACUUUGUUCAAUGGAUUAUGAAAAAAAUAAUAAACACUAGUGAUGUAACUUCUUGGACAUUUUCUGUAUAUGCUAGUAUGGAUAGUGAUCCGAGUGAAACUCUGUUAUCAGACAUGCGUAUACUUACCCAGUGUUUUAUUAAUGCCCGGGCAGAAAUUGAAGACCAUUUGGAUGUUUCUGCUUUACGUUACAGCUGCUUAAUUAACUUGGUCUCAGAAAAAUUCAAACAACAUGAUCUCGGUGAUAUUGUUAACUAUAAAAAUCAUUAUUCUGGUAGUAGUACGGUAAAAAAACAAAUAUGAAGACUAAAUACUAUUAAAUGUGUUUAAUUCUUUACAUUUUAUACUUAAUGCCCUAAGUUCUAAGAUCAUAGAACUUAAAUAUUUAUUUUAACAAAUGUUUAUUAUAUAAACUUAUGAUUUAAAAUUAAUCUUUAUUUGUGUAAGUUAGUUAAAUGAUAUCAAAAUAUUAUUAAAUAAUAAAUAUUGAGUAUUGCAAGGAGGAACUUGUGAGCCAUAAAAUUCAUUAUUUUUGUUAUGUACGA